AUGGGCAACGACCAGUCAACACAGCGCCGAAGCGCACUUUCUCGCCGCACAACUUCCCGCUCCCCCUCUGGUACCUCAACCCCCACAUUCAAGACCAAAUCAAAAUCAACUUCUUCCUCUUCUUCAAAGCGUCCUACUUCAAAGAAACCUAGGAGAUCCACAAGUGUGGCUCCAACAAUCGCCUCUGACGAAUCGAGUUCGAUCUAUGAACCUCAAAGGGUGGUAAUCAUAGGCGCCGGUCCGGUCGGUGCCCUUGCAGCUUUAUACUUUGCGAAGGGAGGAUGGCAGGUCACCGUAUACGAACUACGGGGUGACCUCCGUAAUCCCGAAAACCGUAGUUUGAACUUCACGAAAUCCAUCAAUUUGGCGAUCUCGGAGCGUGGUGUCAAUGGAAUUCGAACGGUGGAUCCCGAGCUCACGGAGACGAUAUUGGAAGCUGCGAUUCCUAUGAAUGGACGGAUGAUUCAUGAUAUUGCUGGGAAACAGUCUAGUCAGAGAUACGAUGUUCACGGAAGGUUCAUCCGCUCCAUCGACCGCUCCUACCUCAACGGCGCCCUCCUCGACCAACUCGAACAAAUGAGCAACGUCGAACUAAAAUUCAACCACAACCUCAAACGCCUCGCCCUGGAGAAAUCCGAAGCUACAUUCGAAAAGCGACUUGGUUCGGGCGAAGUAGAAACCGUCCGAGUAAAUGCCGACCUCUUCAUCGGUGCCGAUGGAGCCCACUCCCAAACCCGGUAUCAUAUGAUGAAAUACGUCCGUCUCAACUUCUCGCAAGAAUACAUCGAUUCUCUAUGGUGUGAAUUCCACCUACCGCCGCAUCCAACAACAGGCGAAUUCCAACUCGAUCCGAAUCAUUUACAUAUCUGGCCGAGACAGACGUUCAUGUUUAUCGCUUUACCGAAUAUGGAUAAAAGCUUUACUUGUACGCUGUUUAUGCCUGAAGAUAUGUUUAAGGAUAUAGUGGGGCCUGAAGCUCUGCUGAAGUUCUUUUUGACAGAGUUCCCGGAUGUAGUGCCGUUGAUUGGAGAAGAGAAUUUGAUUGGAGAUUAUUUGAAGAAUCAGAAGUUACCGUUGAUUUCUGUUAAGUGUACCCCAUACCACUACAGGAACAAAUGCGUCAUCAUAGGCGACGCAGCUCACGCCAUGGUCCCAUUCUACGGCCAAGGCAUGAACUGCGGCUUCGAAGACGUCCGCGUCCUAUGGGACCACAUCAACUCCACAGACUCCCUAACCGAAGGUCUAAACUCCUACACGCUCGAACGGCAAAAGGAUCUACACGUAAUCAACGACCUAGCGAUGAACAACUACGUCGAAAUGAGAUCCUCGGUAACCUCGAGAACCUACCUUAUGAAGAAAAACUUCCAGGAGUUUCUGUACAGUUGGUUCCCGUGGAUGGGGGUUAGGACGUUGUAUUCUAUGGUUAGUUUUAGUAAUAUUAGGUAUUCGGAGGUGACGAAGAGGAUUAAGAGACAAGAGAAGGUUCUGGGAACUGUGGCGCAGUUUGUGGGGAUUAGUGUUCUGGGGGCUUUGGGGUGGUGGGUUUGGGAGGCGGGGUGGUGGAAGGAGGUGCUCGAGGAAGGGUUGUUGGUUUGGAAGGAGUGGAUGGAGGAGGCGGUGAGGGUGCUUUGGUGA